AUAGAGAGAGAGAGAGAUAGUAAACCCUCGGUUCCCAAUCCCUGGAUUUGUUCCCCGUUCCCCAACUUCCCACGGCGUCUCGGCAAGCCGCCAGCCAUGGCUUCGCGGCUGCUACUGCUGCGGCGGCGGGCAAGGAGGCUGCUGCAGCUGCUGCGGCAUCGACUGCAAGCUUCCAAGAAGCGUAGGAUCGACGACCAAGAUCCACCGGGGAGUGGCAGCUGCGACCAUGUCGAUGUGGGGAGCGUCGAUCACAUCACCCGAGUCCCCGACGCCGUCCUCGGCAGCAUCGUGUCUCUUCUCCCCACCAAGGAAGGCGCCCGCACGCAGGUCCUCUCCCGCCGGUGGCGUCCGAUCUGGCGCUCCGCUCCUCUGAACCUCGCGCUGGACUGUGAGCUCAAGAACCAGGACUCGAUCCCAAAGAUCCUCUCCGAGCACACCGGCCCCGCACGACGCUUCUCCGUCCGCCUCUUCACCGACUGCAGCGGCGACGAGAUCGAUGGCUGGCUUAGCUCCCAAUCCCUGGACAAUCUGCAGGAGCUCGAGCUCACCUGCAUGUUCUGGCUCGGCCGGCGUCCAUUGUCCUUGUCGGCGUUCCGAUUCUCGCCCACUCUCCUCGUGGCCAAAUUCCACGGAUUCCAUUUCCCCAACUCGAUCGCGCAGCUGUCCCUCAAGUUCCCCUGCCUCGAGCAGCUGACCCUGAAAAAGGUCAUCAUCUCGGAGGACGUUCUCCAGAGCUUGCUCUCUGGCUGCUCUGCCUUGGAAAGCCUCGAGCUCAAGGAAAAUCGGGGCAUUGCUCGCCUCUGCAUCAGCUCCCAAACUCUUAGGAGUUUGGGAUUUUUCGUCGACUGGUGGAAUGGAGGCACUGGUAUCUUUUUGCAAGAGUUAGUCAUCGAGGACGCCCCUUGCCUUGAGAGAUUGCUGCCGCUUAAUUCAACGGGCAGCAAAGUGGUCAUCCGGAUAAUCUGCGCGCCUAAACUGGAGAUAUUCGGUAUGCUCCUGUCUGAAGUCAUACCCGAAUUCCAACUUGGAAGUUCAAUUAUUCAGGAAGGGGUUGCUGUCAGUUUGACAACCAAAAUGCACACCAUGAGGGUUUUGGCUCUCAGCUCUACUGGCCCUAAUCUGGAUGCAGUGGUUAACUUCCUCAAGUGCUUCCCUUGCUUGGAGAAGUUGUAUGUCAUUUUCCGGUUACCUUCAGACGACCCAGGGGAGUAUAUGAAUGCCCGGAAGUAUGACCCGCUGGACCCGAUUGAAUGUCUUGAGCUUCAUCUAAAAAAAGUGGUGUUGAAGAAUUAUGUCGGCAGCAAGAGUUCAUAUGUUGACUUUGCCAGGUUCUUUGUUCUGAAUACAAAAGGGCUAGAGGAAAUGAAAAUCACAUUGCCUUACCACCGCCAGCACGGAUGGUUUGCUCAUCAACUCAGCCUGCUACGAGUCACAAGUAGAGCUUCUCCAGAUGCUCGAAUUGAAAUGAGAUGUGGCACUAGCGAUGAUUUCACACACAACAGGGAUACCCAUGAUUUGUCAAUGGAUGACCCCUUUGACUUGCCCUCCAGCGGAUGCUCAACGUGUGAAGAGAAGGGUCUAGAAGAUGCUAUAUACCAAAUUUAAUUAGAACUUGGGCUGCCAAGACCACCAACCUGUGGUGCUAGCCAGUAAAGCCUCCAAGCCUUUCUAUGAUGUAGUUGAUGCCCAUCUUGAAAAUUGUAUUGCCUUCUUUACAAGCCCAAGCUUUUGUAUCUAGCCUAUGAUGUUGUCCCGGCGUUCUACUUCAUUUAGUGAUGGAAUGUUUUCUGGCCCACUGAGGAUUUUACUAGGACAAAGGAGAUGGUGUCUAAGCACAUGUUUCAUAUCUUGCAUGAUGUAUUUUCUCUGUUC